AAGCACUCGACACCACCCAUCCUCACCCUACCUCACCAUCAUCAUCAUGUUCUCCCGUUUGGGCGCUAGCGCCUUCAAGGCGACCAUGCCAAAGGCUACUCGUGCUGCCUCGACACAGGCUUCUGCUAGCUCGGCCGCCACGCCCUUCCUUGCAUCUCGUGGAGCUCUGGUAGGCGCUUCGGCAUUCGCAGCCACAUCACUCAGCCUCUACGGCUACCAGUACGGUUCUCUGCCCUUCGUCGACCAACUUCAGGCCAACAUGGUUGAUGAAGGUCUGCACCCUCCCAAGUACCCGUGGAGCCACAGCGGUAUCUUCGAUACCUUCGACCACUCUUCCAUCCGACGUGGAUACCAGGUGUACAAGGAGGUCUGCUCCGCCUGCCACUCCCUUGACCGAAUCGCAUGGCGAAACCUGGUCGGUGUCUCCCACACCGUUGACGAAGCAAAGGCAUUUGCAGAGGAGGUCGAGUACGAGGAUGGACCAAACGACGAGGGUGAGAUGUUCCAGCGCCCUGGAAAGCUCGCCGACCACCUACCUGCUCCUUACGCCAACGAUGAAGCCGCCCGGGCUGGAAACAACGGAGGUCUGCCCCCCGAUCUCUCGCUGAUCACCAAGGCCCGUCACGGAGGAGCCGACUACAUCUUCGCCCUCCUGACCGGCUACACCGACCCUCCCGCUGGUGUUGAGUUGCCCGAGGGCAUGAACUUCAACCCUUACUUCCCUGGUACCAAGAUCGCCAUGGCUAGGGUCCUGUACGACGAUCUGGUGGAGUACGAGGAUGGAACCAAGGCUACCACCAGUCAAAUGGCCAAGGACGUCGUCACUUUCCUGAACUGGGCUAGUGAGCCGGAGCACGACGAAAGGAAGAAGAUGGGUGCUCAGGCAGUGUGCCUGCUGAGUGUGUUGACCCUGCUCUCCAUCUACGUCAAGAGGAUGAAGUGGUCGCCCGUGAAGUCGAGGAAGAUCAUGUACAACCCACCGAAGUCGAUGCACUGAGCGUCGCAAACAUUAGCACGUUCAGCAAGUGCGCCCGGUAUGGGUCGAGGGUCUAGAUCUGGUGGGUUGAGCAGGAUGUCUCGGUCUUAUCAUGCCUUUCUCGGUCCUGUACUUGGCGC